AUGGAUAGCUCUGAGACGGGAGGAGGAAUGGCUGAUUGCAGUGUGGGGAGUAUAGUUUGGGUUCGAAGACGAAAUGGAUCUUGGUGGCCGGGAAAAAUACUUGGACCUGAUGAGCUUUCAUCUUCUCUCAUAACGUCUCCCCGUUCUGGAACUCCUGUCAAACUUCUCGGGAGGGAAGAUGCUAGUGUGGAUUGGUACAAUUUGGAGAAGUCAAAACGUGUAAAGGCGUUCAGAUGUGGCGAGUUUGAUGACUGUAUAGAAAAGGCUGAAGCUGCUCAGGGAAUGCCACCCAAGAAAAGAGAGAAAUAUGCACGCCGCGAAGAUGCUAUAAUGCAUGCACUUGAACUCGAGAGGCAAUUAUUGGAGAAGAAAUAUGGGAAAUUGGGAAAUUCUUCUAAUGGUAGGAGCAGAAGUUCACCAGAUGCUGUUACUUCUUCGAUAUACUUGGGUAAUGGAAGUGGAAACCAAAACGAUUCCAGAUUGGAUCAGCUAUCACAGAAGGUUGACUUGUCUAUUGCUGAGAAGAAUAGAACAAAUCAGAAUAUGUAUGUAAAGAUGGUUAAGGAGGAAACUCAACUCAGUGGGGAUGAUGAUAGUGCUGGCGUGCUACCUCGGAUGAGAGGCUUGCAGGACUUUGGACUCCGUACUGCGCCACCACGAGAGGAGCUCUCAGGAGUUGCAUUUCGAGCUAAGAGGAGUAGAAAUGCUUAUCUGCCAUAUGAUUCUGUGGAAUAUUUAAUUGAUGACCAAACUUUGUCCUCCCAGUUAGAGAUACCAGUGUCUAAAAUUGAUGAAAGCAGCUACCAAGCUGACAUGGGUGAAAACCACAUUUCAGGAUCUACUGAAGAUACUGAAACGGAUUGUUCUGACACGGAUUCACUAGAAUCAGACUCAAAUGACGAGAUGACUGCAAUCUCUGAUGGUUCCGCCUCUAUAGAAUUGCAACCUAAAUACCCGAGAAGAACCGAAGCACCAGAAGAACAUGCAAGCAUCAGCAGCAGUGACGACUUUGACGAGUUGGCAUUUGCCGACAGUUCCUCUCACCCUUACCUGCAUGGCCAUGUACCAACCAAGUCUGGGGUUUCAAAAUGGCAGCACAAAGGAAAAAGAAAUAACCGCAAUCUUUCAAACAAUAGCAGAGGAUACACGAACAGCAAGAGCUCCAACUGGAGCCCUAGUGUUCCCGAACAUGCUGAUCGAAGUUUCAAGAAUCAUACAUCCAGAUAUGGGCCCAAGUCAUCUCACAGUCCUUACGAGUUUGUCGAUUUCGAGGGUAGCUUGGGUUGGAACAGUCGAUCUGCUGUGCGAGGGUAUUGGGACGAUUCGCGUGAUGAUUUUGUCGGACGCCAUCGUUUUGGCUGUGGUGGGCCCACAUUGAUAGAUGUGAAUUUAAAGGUUCAGGCAAACAACUACCGUAGAGAUGUCCCGAUAAUCUCAUUGAUGAGCAAGUUGAACGGGCAUGCCAUUGUGGGCCACCCUAUCCAAAUCGAAGCACUUGAGAAUGGCCUGACCGAAACCUAUGUUUCAUCAACUGACUAUUUUGUCCCCAGCCCGACCCCACUGACUUCAAUGUGGAGGACGGGUCGUAGGACUGCAAAUUCACGAGUUCCACGCCCUUUUUUGCCAUCAAUGCUUAAUGGUGAGGGGAAGGGGAGAGAGUUUGCGAACAAGGGCUCCAAUCAAAAGAUAAGGACACUUUCGUCAUUUGCAUCAGGGAAGUGUCAGAGUGACUCGAGAGGUGGUGGUUUGAUUAAGAAUGGGAAUACACGCACGACGGUCGCGUGUAUACCUGUUAACUUGGUGUUUAGUCGUUUACAUGAAGAGUUGGUCGGUCGCCAUCAGUAA